AAUUGAUGAAAUCAAGUCUCAACAACCAUGGUACGAAUUAAGAAUCGAUACCUUCUGGUCAAUAUUCUCUACCCGGAACUGGAGAAAAAUACCGGCGGCAAAGAAAAACUACCAGAUGUAGUGGUGUUCAAUCAACCAACCGUCGAUGCACUGACUUCGCGCGCACUACUGAGAGGCAUCCAACUGGAAGUUGCGAAUCUGUUUGGAGAUUAUGGAAGCGGUGCAAUUGCAGAUAGUGUUGCAGUAAAAUAUUUGUCAUCUGCGACAUCGACAUUUAUUCUACGGGUUUCGCGAGCGCAUUAUCGAAUUGUCUGGGCAGCUUUGUCGCUAAUGAAUAGCCUACCUAUUAAGAACGGCAAAAAUUGCGUAUUCAGAGUUGUGAGGGUCAGUGGGACGAUUAGAAAGGCAGAGGAAGAAGCUAUUAGAAGGGCGAGGGAGAUGAUAUUAAAGGCCCGCAGAGACCUGGGCGAACAAAGUGAAUCUACACUGGAGAAGAUGUUUGGCACAAAGAAAGGAACUACGGCAGAAUCCGCGAAAGACGUCAUGAUGGUGGAUGCAGUGGAUAGUGAGGAUGAUGAGGAAUUAAGUGAUGGAAAUGGUUGAGGGUAUCAUUGAUUUGUUCUAACAACUUUUACACCCGAAUCGAAUGGCGCCCGAGCCAUCUCCUCGAGGUCAUCAUCGUCUUCUGCAGCUCUCGAGUUCUCUUCCUCUUCCUGCAUCUUGGAUUGCUCCUCGAAUUGCUUCAUCUCCAUC